UUUGUGAUCCGGAUUCGUCGAAGAAAUCCUAAAGGAUCCGUACUCGAAUCACCAAUGUUAUGUUCGGAUCCUUUUAGAGAUUAUACUGCGCCGGCGCGACAAGCUGACUCAAGCUUCGACUUGUCACGAAGUGUAAACAAACACAGAUUGAGAGUGAAGACCGAAUGCAUCGGAGUUUGUAAAAAUGACGACAAGGUCAAGGUACAGCCUCCAAUAUUAAAUAACGACAGUGAAAUGGCAAGAAACUCCUCCCAAUCAUCAUCUGUACCUAAAAGUAAAACAUCUUCAAAAAUUGAACUGGAGCUGUUGAGGUAUUUAGAAGAUAAAAGAAAUAAUAUACAUAUUAUUAAUGAAUAUCCUACACUUAAAAAAAUUUUCAUAAAAUUUAACACUUGCCUUCCUUCGUCUGGUGCAGUCGACCGAUUAUUUUCAUUUGCAGGUAUAAUCGACGCACCUCGAAGGAAUGGCCUGACAGACGAAAAUUUUGAAAUUUUGGUGCUAUGUAAGGCCAACCAAAAGAAAUAUUUUUAAAAACUAUAAGUUUUUUAAAAUUUUAUUUUAUGUUUAUUAUUUUUGUUCACUUUAUUGUUGUUUGUUGUUGUUGUUCUGUUUAUAA